AUGUCAAGUUCUAUGGAGUGCUCUGAUUCCGCCGCUACACGGAGAUUCUCCAGGAAGCCUAGCUUCUCCCUGACGUGUAGUCGUUUGAGUCAGUAUCUGAAAGAGAACGGUAGCUUUGGAGAUUUAAGCUUAGGGAUGUCAUGCAAGCCUUCUGAAGUCAACGGCAUCACACGUCAGCAUACAACAACCAUGAGUUUAUUCCCUUGUGAAGCUUCUUCCAUGGAGGCCGCUCAAGAAGUUAAACCCAAGAAUCUGUUUCCUAGGCAACCAAGCUUCUCUUCCUCGUCUUCCUCUCUCCUCAAGGAAGAAGAUGUCCCCAAAAUGACACAGACCACUACUACUAGAUCUGUGAAACCAGAGCCUCAAACAGCACCGUUGACUAUAUUCUACAACGGGGAAGUGAUUGUGUUCAAUGACUUUACUUCUGAGAAAGCCAAAGAAGUUAUGGACUUGGCUAGCAAAGGAACCGCUAAUAGCUUCACCGGUUUUACAACUACUGUUAACUUACCAAAGAAUCAAACUGAGGUCAUAAGCAACAUUCCUCAUCUCAUGAAAACCGCAGCACAAGAGCCAAUCUUGUCCUCUUCAACUGCAAUGGCAUGCGAACUUCCUAUUGCUAGAAGAGCUUCACUCCAUCGGUUCUUGGCCAAGAGAAAGGAUAGAGUUACGUCAAAUGCACCAUACCAACUAAGCGAUCCAGCCAAAGCGUCUUCAAAGCCUCAAACCGGAGACAACACCACUUCUUGGCUCGGUUUAGCAGCUCAAAUCUGA